UUUGGUUUUGUGUUACACAAUACACACUACACUUUGGUCUCAGUCACACUCAGUCCCACUCACCAAAUUCUCACACUCCGAUGGCUGCUUCUUUUACUUCUUCAUUUCUUUGCAUCAUCCUCCUUCUGGUAACCCUAACCCACGGAAUCGACGUUAAGAAAAUUAACAAUAAUAAUAAUAAUAUAAUUUCUGAAGAAGGUUAUACAGUGACUACAAUCAUAGACGGUGAUAAACUCAACAUUAACCCUUAUUCCGUUUUUCCACUCUAUGGAUCAUCAUCAUCUUCCGAUAUCGUUAUCCUUGAUUACGUUAAAAGUACGAUUUAUACGGUGUCGUUUUCCGGUUCUCAAGUGAGUGAUGUUAAAAAGCUUUCUGGUAAUGGUGAUGCUGGAUACAAGGAUGGCGAGUUGGCAUCAGCCAUGUUUAAUAAGCCCAAAAGUUUUGCUAUUGAUAGGAAAAACAACAUCUACAUAGCUGACAAAACCAACCAUGUCAUAAGGAAAAUAAGCAAAUCAGGAGUAACCACAAUUGCUGGAGGAAAUGUUCAAAAGACUGGCAAAGCAGAUGGUCCUGCACAGAAUGCUUCAUUUUCUGAUGAUUUUGAGCUGGCUUUUGACCCUCAAAGAUGUGCUUUAUUGAUCUCUGAUCAUGGUAAUAGAUUGGUCCGUCAACUUGAUCUGAAGGCCGAGGAUUGUGCUUACAGUUCUUCUGGAUCUGUACUCGGAUCAACCAUAGUUUGGGGUAUCGGCGUGGGAGUUGCUUGUAUUAUUGGCUUGAUUGUGGGUUUUGUCAUCCGUCCUUACGUUCUCCCUCAUGAAGCUCCAGGCCAUCAUCGAGUCAACAUGACAUGGAAGCAUUGCCUAAUCAGUCUGGGGAAACAAGCGGUGACCUUCUACUUCGUCAUCAGAAGCGCAAUUGCUAGCCAUAAUAUCUACCACUUUUUCGAAAAACUAUUAAGAUUAUCCUUUUCUCAACUCUCUUUAGUUUUUGGCAUUAACAUGCUUAGUAGACCCCCACCUACACCUGUAAAACCUGUGUCUUUAUUAGAUUGUGAUGACAUACAACCAUCUACACCUGUGAAACCAUUGUCUUUCUUAGAUUACAAUGACUUGGGUCACACCGAGACAAUCAAAACCCACCAUGAAUUAGUUGAUGAAUUGAAGGAUUUGAUUACUUAUGAUGGUACCAGUAGCACUGAAUUAAGUUUAGAUCAAGAAAAUGCAUUUAGAGUUGAAGAUAAAAAUGAAGUUCUUCCUGAAAUGGCUGGGAAGUUAGACAGGCACAUAUAUGCUAACUUUGCAGGUUUUGUGGAAGGUAGUAAAAGAACUUCAUCUGUUGAGUCAUGGGUAAUUGGCUCUUAGUUUGUGUGAGAUCUGAAGGAUUAGGUGGUUGCUGCAAGUUGGCUUCUUUAUCUAUUCUGAGAGUGAAAUAUAAACAGUAAUAGUAUGUAGAUGUGUUUGUUUUGGUGAAUGAAAUUGUAUGUGAAUAAUUGUCCUAUUAACGCAUGCACGAAUCAUUGCUUGCUAUCAAAUAUAAUCCGUCUAUUAUAUGAACUAUGUUUUGGUUCA